ACACCAAACGCACCUCACAGCAUCGCACCACAGUUUUAAAAGUGAUGCGCCAAACAGCUUUUUAUGUUCCAACUCACCUCACACCACUACAGUUUUAUAAUUCACAGCACCUCACAACAAUUGACAACACUCCCAAACAGGACCAGUUGACAACUGUCUUCAGAAUUUGGCCCAUCAUGGCGACCCAACAAUGAUGGGCCGACGAUUUGUCUCCCGCGGACAAACGAAGUCUACAAAUGCAUUACCGAACACCCACCACUCGAUGUCUCGAUCUCACAAUUCUUAACCCCUCCCCAAGUUGCAACAUUUCAAGAUAACCAUGAACCAUGAACUAUGUUUUCUUAUAUAGCUCACCCAUGGCCACCAUUUGAAGUAAACAACCAACCCCCAGUUCGCACAAAUCAUAAGAAUACGAGACCUUCAAUAUGGGUUUGAUUUUGGGGAAGAUCACAGUGGAAACCCCAAAAUAUGAUGUGAUUCGAUCAACUGCGGAUUACGAAAUCCACAAGUACACACCUUCUGUGAUUGCUGAAGUGCCAUACGAUCCAUCUCAAUUUAUGGGGAAAAAAGAUGGUGGCUUCAUGGUUUUGGCAAACUACAUAGGUGCCGUUGGGAAUCCUCAGAACACGAAGCCAGAAAAAAUAGUCAUGACAGCUCUAGUAAUAACAAAGGGCUCCGGUGGUGAGAAGGUCGCCAAUGACAGCUCCUAUUGUGACUAUCAGGCAGAUGAGAAGAUGGUGACAAUGCAGUUUUUGUUGCCAGCAAAGUAUAAGAUGGCAGAGAAGGCUCCACAGCCGGUGGUGAUUAGGGAAGAGGGAACAUACGUGGUGGAUAGGUUUGGAGGACUGGCUAGUGAGAAGGUUGUGGAGGAGAAGGUGGAGAAGCUGAAGAAGUGGUUAGAGAAAGAUGGGUAUAAGAUAAUUGGAGAGUUUCAGUUGGCUAGGUAUAAUCCUCCAUGGACAUUGCCCUCUCUUAGGACCAAUGAAGAUAUGAUCCCAGUUGAGUAAGGUGUGAAAACCACAUUAUGUGAAUUAGUCUACCUUGUUCCCUAUAUUAUCCCCAGAUUAAAACACAAACCAAAAGUACAAAAAAAUUAAUCUAAGAACUGAAGUGACAAAAAAGAAAUCGCAGAAUCGUACUAUCAUGUCCUAUAAAAAUAGAUGAUCUCAAUUCUGACAUGUUCUAGCUCUACUUCUUGGGACUGAAACAAUCAUGCAUAAGCAAUUUUGGCCGGGAUUUAGUUAGAAUCACAGUGCACAGAGAUUAGUUAAUGUCACAAGUAACGAACCUGUCCCAUUUAACCUCAACCUGAGAACAUCUUCACAACAAUAAUGAUGAUAUUCAAAAU